CGGCGGCGCGGCCGUCCCGACCGAUGCCCCGUCGACGGAUUUAGCCCGGUAGCAGUGCGACCGUGCUGUGCGUUCGUCGUUAGUAGUGCAUCAUGUGAUUACUUCCACAUCUCUGUAAUCUCUUCGCCACGGUGACGGAUACUAGCCAGCGUGAAGGAUGCAGGAACUGGCAUUCCCGCGCCGAAAAGGGAUCCUUGCCCCGCUAUCGGUGUUAGUGCUGCUGAUACUACCAUUGGUCGAUUUACCCUCUGCAAACGGAUCUUGCGAGUUUCCAUCGAGUUGGUCAGGAGAAUGGUUUCAAUAUGGCAAGCCUCAAUCAGUCAUUAUAAACACGACCAUUCUCGGGGAACGAACAUGCAUCGAAAGAACGGAUGACAAAUAUAUCGUUUUUGGUGAUAAUUGUUAUCACUGUAUGAUCAUCAACAGACGCCAUGAGAACGUUAUUCAAUAUCGCGAAGGCUGGUGCAACCCGGAGCGAUUGCGUUUGGAAAACAUGUGCUCGGAAAUUACUUCGGACGAUACGCUCUAUUCGAUGUUCCGUGUGAACUCGAAACCGAUAGCUUGCCCAUUUAGCGGGGCAUCGUUCACAUUUACGUACAAUCGGGGUUACGGCGAGUGUGCUAUGCCUAUAAGUCUCGUGGAGAAAUGUACUGACGAGAGCAAACUCCUCCUCAAGUAUCAGGCCUGUCCGGACGUCGUGGGAACCGAGAGCAACACCGAAGAAUUACAAUGCCUUGCCAGUUGGAAUGAUGGUCGAAAUAAAUAUCUCGUGGGAACUUUGAAAGAAAGGAGCGCACUGAAUGACGCAAAAACCUACAGAUGUUUCCUGUACGAAGAAAAGUCUCAUCAUCAGGGAAAGAUGAUUUAUUUACUUGCACAGUCCGGCGAUCCGACUUGCAACGGUCUCACCACAGUUUCCGAAGGUUCACCCACCAUAAAACUUAUUAAAGUUGACAAAGAGCACAGUAGAUGCAAAUAUCCUGCCUGGGUAACUCAACACCAUGUCUGGCACUCUCUCAAUGGUACAAAAAGCUAUCAUUUUACAAACAAGAACGCGACGCUGAGAGUAAAGAUGCAAGCACAGAAUAGUGAUGGCGAAAUCGUCCAUGAGGAAAAAAUCGUUUGUCACAAUUUGGAGAAGCUAUACCCGAAUGACAACAUGCAAGGGAAUAAAGUGAAACUGGUAGCUCAUGUCACCAGCGGCUGCGAUAUUGGUUACGUUUGCAUGAUAUUUCACAAAAGAGACAGUCAUAUUAUCGAGAUACAGCAGUCAGAUCAAAAAGCAAUUAUGCCAGAUGAAGCAUGCUCAAUCUCGGAUCCCUCCACGAUGCCGUAUACGACCUUGAUAACUACAUUCUUGCAUCAGAGAAGAUGUCCUAAUUCAGGACAGUAUGAGAUUCUGAAUUUUGCUUCAUCGGAUGCAUUGUCAGCCGCCGCACCGAGUCGACAGCGGCGUAGCGAGCUAUCGAGGACGACCAAGAGGCGAACUUGGCAGGAAAACGAAAACGAGGAAUGCAGAAGUACGGAUAUUCAAAUUGGCUGCACCCCGUCCGAUCAAGCCGAAAUAAUAAUCGGCAAUACGUGCGAACAUGAAAAGAUUGCCUAUUCUUGUCAUGGCAGCUGGGAAGAGAAAGGAAUGUGGUAUACGAUAGCGUCACAACGGAAUUCUGAAAUUCCGGGCAGUACAGGACAAACGUUUUGUUUUUCUAUGCUUCUCAAAAACGUCAAAGACAAAGGCAGUAGACAGAAGCAAGAAAAAGAAUUAUGGCUUUCGAGGCCAUCGCGUACUUGUCAAAGAGAAGUCAAGGAUGAAUGGACUUUUAGGCUGUCCAAUCAAGGAGUGUGCGAGGUCUUAAUGAAGACUCCAAACGCAGCGUCUGCUUCGUCGUUGUCCUCCCAGCUUCUGUUUAUUUUACAUAUAGCAGCUUACGCCGCUAUUAAUACGCUAUGCGUAUUACUUUCGAGAUGAUCUGCAGCUAUUAUGUAAGACUGUCUAAGUACUGUAAUUUCCAGCACGAAUUCUCAGGUAUUGCGUGUUUCUGGAAGUGUAUAUAGCUCAAAAAGUUUGUAAGCUAUUGACCGAUCGAUGAGCUGUCGUAAAUAGUGGGAAAUGUGCAGCUAAAUAGCUAUUACCGACAAUAUUAAUUUUCGUUUCGUUCGAACAGACUAAUUACUUAAAUCAGUGAUUAAGAGUGUUCACAAUUGGGAAUGAAGCGAUUUAUACAUGUUCAUAAAUUAUUUUUUUAUACAUACAAUACUUACUUAGAAAAGCGUUCCUUAGCUCGAAAGAAAAUAACUGCUUGGCACAAGUUUCCUUUCAGUUGCCAUCAUGUUGUUGUCAUCAAGGCAAUAAUAAUUCCGUUUAGGCCAACCUUAUGUGGACAAUGAUUUGCCUGCACAGUAAUGGAAAUACCGUUGCAUACUUAUUGUCAUAAAAGUUGCUACAAUCUGUUUGAAACCGUUUUCGUAAAAUAUUUAGUCUACAUUUCCAUCAGUUGAAUGGAAAUAUAAUGAAAUGAAAAUUUUAAUGAACUCGCUCAUCUGCGAACGACACCGCCGUGGGCACGAUGAAGCUGCAUCUCUCGUAAAUAAAAAUCAUAGAAUAGAAUAAAAGACGCAACAUUAUGAGAUUUCUCUUGUGUUCUAACGAAAUAAUGAUGAAAUGGUAGAAGGCUGCUUGGAGGCGAGUCUUCAAAAUUGGAUUUCAAAAUGAAAGUAAAUAAUUCUUUUGACAGUUUCGAUCUUUUCACCUUGUGGAUGAAUAGUUCGAAAAUUUUUUGUACCAUCUGGAUUUUCAAUAAUCUAUUAUGCCAUCGGUUUGUAAGAGGACAACUGACCAAUUGUUGCCUGAAUGUUGCCAUGAAGUUACUCAUAACUGUUGGUAGCGAUAAAAAAUCAGUAAUCCAAUAGGCAAAAUUGGAAACUACUUUUCUCAAUAUUGAAAACAACUUAAAGCAGUUUCAAGCAAAUUGAUAUUUGACAACAACCUGUAGGAAACUUGCUAUCUGGAUUAUUGUAAUUUACUGCAGACUAGUAUUCUAAACGAGUGAUCAAACUCUAGAUUACUAGUGUUUUCGAUAUAACGUUUUAUUAGCUAUAUACUGCCUGAAUUGUUGAUUAAUUACAAUAGUUCUCAAUGGAUAAUCGUGUGGAUAAUAAUUUUUGAUUGUUUAUAUGUUUUUCGCUUAAUUUUAUGAGAAAAAGAACCGAGAUGAUAUAUUCAGGACUAGGCAAAGACAUCGUGUGUAGAUUGUAUUUUAAAUACAAAAAAUAUUCUGUGGAAACUAUGUGUAUUUCAGAUAUAAAAUACUGUUGAAAAGUGUGGUUAAAAAGAUACAAAAAAUAUUCUUGAAAAAUUUGCUUCAGGAUUAAGGUAAAUAUUUCGUAUCUCGAAACAUUUUUACACUAUACGUGUAAAAAUGUUUGUAGUAUUCCAAAUAUGUGUUGGAAACAACUCUGGGAGCACCAGACUCGACAGAGAAUUUUUGUUACCAUUACAUAUCGACUCUUUCGAGAUGUGUGUGGCAACUGAAACGAUCUCAGUAAUUCUUACUGUUAAUAAGGAUGCACCGGAAAUAUCCGGUAUCCGAUAUUAUCCGGUACUGUUUUUACUAUCGGUCGGAUAUCCAGAUAUCAUUAGUAUCCGGUAAUACAUAUA